AUGGGCAUGGUUCUGCUUCCCAUCUCUCGCCACAGCGCCCUUGCAUCCUUCUUCGUGAUAUCUACGUCGACGACACUCACGAACCAUGUAUUCGCGGCCUACACGCUGUUCACACUCGUCAUAAUCCAUGGACUACUCUAUGUGUCGUGGAUCCCGGUCUUCAACAGCUUGUCAGAUCACCUCCGGACUGUUAUCCCUGUUCUGAAUCCUACAUAUCUCUACAAAGAGACGUGGCCAGGUAACACAUCCUCGCUCGGGAUAUGGAGGGCCUCCUUGAUCUUCACCGGAACCUCAGCAGCCAUCAUUAUGGCUGCUCUCUUUGUCACUACAUUUCCCCAGGUUCGUCAGAGACACUUCAAUCUAUUCUACUUCACCCACGUGUUCAGUAUUCUGAUGGUGGUGAUCAUCUGCCUCCACGCCAGCACGAUGUUCUACUGCACUUCCCCUGGCUUGGCAAUGUGGGUGCUAGAUUGGAGCAUGCGCAUCUACGAGUUACGUGGCGAGCUGAAGGGUAAUAUAAAGGCCCUCGGGUCUUCUAUCCGUGAGCUUCAUCCUUUCACAACAAUCACGCAUCUUGCAUCGCAAAACAACAGCACCCACCCAAGUGACGAAGAUCUUCCGAUCCAAUUCCUAUUUCGCAAGUCGGAGAAGUCUCCAUCAUCUUUAGAGCUCGAGAAGGCACUUGCGCGCCGAUCACUUGUGCAACGCAUCCUACGAAGUAAAGGACAGCGGAUGAAGAGUGUGCAGUGGACAGCAAAAUUGGCGGCUUUGGCGGAUCAGACUCCUUUAGACAGAAAGGCUGAACUCAGUACGACGUGUGAGGAUGCGAGAAAAGAGCAUAUGUCUAUGACGAGUGAGCAUGGAUUUAAAAUAUCACUGCGUCUAGAGGGCCCAUACUUCACCCCUGCCGACCCUCAUCGCUACAAUACAGUGGUAUGCAUAGUCGCAGGCACGGGCGUCAGCGGUGCUUUAGCCAUCGCAGCCGCCUUCGUUCACUCUUCUCUCGAAGGGUCGCGGACCGCUGAUGCGGAGGAACAGGCCUCGCGAGAGAAGAGCCCACGCCCCUGGCGCCGUUGCAUCAUCAUGUGGAGCGUGAAGGCGCAGGAUGACAUCGACCUCCCAAUUCCUACCUCGUGUGAAGGCUUGGAAGUCCGCAAGUUCCUCACUGGAGAUGGCAGGAAGCGUGUGGAUUUGAAAUACGAGCUGGACAGAAUCACUUGUGGUGGAGAAGGGAGCACAGACGGAGGCAACCCCAACAGGACCUGGGUUUACGUUUCCGGCCCGAAGGCUUUCAUUGCUGCAGGCAAGGAAGCUUGUACAACCGUACAAAAGAAGAAAGAAAGUAAGGUCAGCGGGUGGAUGAGUAAAGGCAGCUUGGACUUCUAUGCUGCGAGCUGGGAUCCAUGA